AUGGGGGAGACAGCGGACGAUAUGCUGCUGCAGUUGCUGCAGCAGGAGCAGCCGCCGCUGCAGCAGCCGCAGCAGGCGCUGCAGCAGCAGCAGCAGCAGCAGCAGCAGCAGCAGCAGCUGCUGCUGCAGCAGCAGCAGCUGCCGCUGUACGUGCGUCUGAAGCGCCACCGCGACGAACCCCCGCCCCCCUUUUUGUGUCUUUUGAGGCCUUCCAAGAAAAGAGAAAUUAAUCCAAAAGCAGCAGCAAACUCAGCAGCAGCAGCAGCAGCAGCAGCAGCAGCAGCAGCAGCAGCACAAACCAACUCUCUUCUAGACAGGGCCCUUCUCUUCAAACACGUCAACUCAGCUCCUCCCCCAGUACCCUUUUACCCCGAGGGGCCCCCUGGGGCCCCCGGGGGGCCCCCUGGGGCCCCUGGGGGGCCCCCUGGGGCCCCCGGGGGUACUGUGGGGCCCCCUGGGGCCCCCAAGGGUCCUGUGGGGCCCCUGGGGGCCCCAGAAGGUACUGUGGGGUCCCGGGGGGCCCCCGGGGCCCCAGGGGCCCCCGUGGGGCCCCAGGGGCCUCUUGCGGGGCCCCCAGGGGGGCCCCCCGAGGGUACUUCGGGGUUGGGGGCCCCCCGGGAGGCGGAGGUGCAGCGAGAGGGGCGGCAGCCAGCGAUAACGCGCACGACAGCAGCAGCAGCAGCAGCAGCAGCAGCAGCAGCAGCAGCAGCAGCAGCAGAAGGGCCAGCCAGCUUCUGGAGUUCCUUUAAUUUGCCUUUGAGGCCCGAAGUCUUCGGACUUGAAAGCAGCAGCAAAAAAGUUGGAAAAGAAAAGUGGAGUUAUGCUGCAGCAGUGGAGGAAGCAGUUCGCAGCUUGCGCAGGUACAGAGUCAACGUGCAGCAGCAGCAGCAGCAGCAGCAGCAGCAGCAGCAGCAGCAGCAGCAGCGGCAGGCGGGGGUGGCUGCUGCAGCAGCAGCAGGCAGCUUUGUGCUGCACGAGGGGCAGCCCGUGCAGGUGCUCGACGUCUGCGGCGACGUGGGGGCCCCUGCUGCUGCUGCUGCUGCUGCUGCUGCUGCUGCAGGAGAAACAGCAGCAGCAGCAGCAGCAGCAGCAGCAGCAGAAGACGAAUAUGAGUAUGAAUUGUACGAAAUGGAAUUCGACUCCGCACAAAACCCCGAGGGUUGGGCUGGGGGCCCCUGGGGCCCCGGGGGCCCCGGGGGCCCCGGGGGCCCCUGGGGCCCCGGGGGCCCCGGGGGGCCCCUGGGGCCGCAGCAGCAGCGGCUGCUGCAGCUGCUGCAGCAAGACAGCAGCGCCGUGGCUUUAGUGGAAAUAGAUGAAGUGGAAGAAGAGACAGGAAUUAUAAAAAGCAAAAGUGAAUGCAUGCGUUCGUUUUUGGAGGAGUUUGGAGACAUAGACGACGUCGACUCCGCAGCAGCAGCAAAAGUUCAGAGAUUUAAAAAGUGCUUUUCCUUCUCUGUCUUUCAAGCAGCAGCAGCAGCAGCAGCACAAGCUUGA